UAGAGGACAGUAUGGAUACCAGAAAUAUGUUUAUGAAAAACUGGCAGAUACUGUUUUAUGCAUUGUGCUGGUGAAGACAGCAGUGCAAGAAUAGGUGAAGAUGGAAUCAAGAAAUGCAGAACAGGAAUGAGUCCAUUUAGUCCUGAAAAAAACCAUGGAAGAGGUUUCUACUGGUUUUGGUGUUGCUUUUCCUGUAAGUAUGAAUCAGGGGAUUUUGAGGAGGAUUGUGAAGAUGUGGAAGAUGAUCCAUUUGUUUUCCCCCCUCCUCUUCCUCCCUUAGACAUUCAACUAUUGGACAAAGACACAGAGUUGUCAAAUCAAAACAAAAUUCAAGCCAGUGAACCAGAUGAUGAAGAUUUUGUCCUGUUUGAGCUCCUCAAGCCUCCCAAAGAUGCUUCUUAUAGGUUAUGCAGAAUUUAUUCCAACCUACAGAUUCUCUAUUCGAAAGAAGGAAGGAAGGUAUUCCAAGGCCAUAACGCCAUCACUGAGCAAUAUCUUUUCAAACUAAGGAAGGAGAAGGGGAUCAAUGUUCCAAGAGGGUGUCACCAUAAAGUGAUGACAAAAGAAGAAAUGGUAGAGUUUGAUUACUGGAGGCAGGUAAGGAAGGGGAAGUCGAGAGAAAGAAUUUUUCAUUAAAAGUGGGAUAGAGCCUUGGAAUUUUGGACCAAGGAGACCACAGAAGAGUUGAUAGAUGUGCAGGUAUCUUAGAGCAAGUUGAGAGUGAUGGAUAGGUCUUGUUGAGCAUCACAGAACAGCAUCAUUAUGAAAUGUGGAGAGACUAGAAAUGGAGGCAACUUGAGGAGAAAGACUUUUUGCAAUUUUAAAUUUGGAAUUGUUAAGUUCCAGAGUUUCACAUCCAGUGCAUUUCCAGAGCAGUAAAAUUUUAAAAAAGGACACAAACAUUUAAAUUGCAAAGAAUCUAUUUAGAACCUUUACGUUUACAG